GCCGCCCCAUCGCUGCCAGCGGCGGCGGGGCGCGCGGGCCGCGCGAGCUGGGUCUCCGGGGCCCAGGUGCCCACCCUACGGGGAGACGAGGUGCCAGCGCCCCACCAACUCCCGAAACCUGGGGCAGCGGCGGGUCGGGAGCGCCACCGAGCUCCGGGCAUUUCCCUCCCUUCUGACCACGACCCAACGGCUGGAGGCGCUGGAAAGUUUUCUGAAGAUGUUUCCAGUGCGCUGUGCCUCCCUGAAGGGAAAGGGUGAGGUUAGGGCGAGGCCGGGCGAGACCGUGACACCGCUUCUUCCUGUCUCAAGACAUUCAACUUUAUUAAACCUUUGUGGUUUAUGGGCCUGAAUCUGGGUUUGACAGCUCAGACCUCCUCCAGUGCCUACUUGGCAGCCCGAGGCUGUCUGCAGGGAGUGCUGAUUCCAUGCACUUGCUUCGCACCCGUGGCUGGCUGAUAACUUGAAGAUGGGCUUAGGUCAUGAGCAAGGAUUUGGAGCCCCCUGUUUAAAAUGCAAAGAAAAAUGUGAAGGAUUCGAAUUGCAUUUCUGGAGAAAAAUAUGUCGUAACUGCAAGUGUGGCCAAGAAGAGCAUGAUGUCCUCUUGAGCAAUGAAGAGGAUCGAAAAGUGGGAAAACUUUUUGAAGACACCAAGUAUACCACCCUGAUCGCAAAGUUAAAAUCUGAUGGAAUUCCCAUGUACAAACGCAAUGUUAUGAUAUUGACCAAUCCAGUUGCUACUAAGAAGAAUAUCUCCAUCAACACAGUUACUUAUGAAUGGGCUCCUCCUGUCCAGAAUCAGGCACUGGCCAGGCAGUACAUGCAGAUGCUGCCCAAGGAGAAACAGCCUGUGGCGGGCUCAGAAGGGGCACAGUACCGGAAGAAGCAGCUGGCAAAGCAGCUCCCUGCGCAUGAUCAGGACCCUUCAAAGUGCCACGAGUUGACUCCCAGAGAGGUGAAGGAGAUGGAGCAGUUUGUGAAGAAAUAUAAGAAUGAGGCUCUGGGGGUAGGAGAUGUCAAACUUCCCCAAGAGAUGGAUGCUCAAGGCCCCAACAGAACGUACAUCCCGGGUGGGGAUAGAAGCACCACAGCAGCAGUGGGGGCCAUGGAGGACAAGUCUGCUGAGCACAAAAGAACUCAGUAUUUCUGCUAUUGCUGCAAACUGAGUAUGAAAGAAGGUGACCCGGCCAUCUAUGCCGAGAGGGCUGGCUACGAUAAACUGUGGCACCCAGCUUGCUUUGUCUGCAGUGCCUGCAGCGAACUCCUGGUCGACAUGAUCUAUUUCUGGAAGAAUGGGAAGCUGUACUGUGGCAGACAUUAUUGUGACAGUGAGAAACCCCGCUGUGCUGGCUGUGAUGAGCUCAUAUUCAGCAAUGAAUAUACCCAGGCCGAAAACCAAAAUUGGCAUCUGAAACACUUCUGCUGCUUUGACUGUGACAACAUCCUAGCUGGGGAAAUAUACGUGAUGGUCAAUGACAAGCCCGUGUGCAAGCCCUGCUAUGUGAAGAAUCAUGCCGUGGUUUGCCAAGGAUGCCACAAUGCCAUUGACCCGGAGGUGCAGCGGGUGACCUACAACAGUUUCAGCUGGCACGCCUCCACAGAGUGCUUCCUGUGCUCCUGCUGCAGCAAGUGUCUCAUCGGGCAGAAGUUCAUGCCAGUAGAAGGGAUGGUUUUCUGUUCCGUGGAGUGUAAGAAGAUGAUGUCCUAGGAGAGCACCAAGCAAUAUGGAGCCGUAGUUAUCCCAAGUGGUCUGUAUUUCUAUCUACUGUAAAAUGCAAUUUGAAAAAAAUAAAAGGGGGAAUAAAAAAAAAAAC